AUGGAUUUCGAGAAUUCUCGCCACCUUGCUGCAGCAGCGCAGAAAAUAAAGAUUGAGUACCUCCGCAGAGCGAGAGCAGCCUCGAUCUCUGUCCAGCAAGCCGCGGCAAACAGAGAUGACCCCGCGACGGGGCCCGUGUGGGUUAGCAAAUUCACUGCGCCCAAACCGACCGAUGAUACGUCUCGAGCAUUGCUUCUAAGUCUAGUGGAUGAAGCAAAUGAGAAAGGAAUUCAAUAUGAUCGCCCUGGCUCUGAACCGCUGCAUCUCGAGUGGACCGGGUUCCGUGCUAACGUUAGCCGUGACGCUGCGGAGCCAUUGUUUUUGGAAGAGCAAAAGUUCGCAAGACUUGAGGCAGAGACGAAGGGCCCAUUGACACUGCUCUACAUCUACGGUGGAAGUUUCACGUUUGUGGCCCCCGUUCUUGUCAGGUCGAAACCUCAACUAAUCCAAUCUAGGUUAAACACCCCAUCCAGCUACCGAAGAGUAGCGGGAUCUUUGGCACAAGCAACCGGAUCCAAGGUCUUAAUGGUUCGACAACGACUAGCUCCGCAAAAUCCGUUUCCUGCUGCCUUGCUCGACGUGUUCCAGGCGUACUUAGCUCUACUUGCCCCACCUCCAGCAUCUCCUCACCGAGCUGUCUCGCCCACGAAUAUCGUCGUGGUAGGCGAUAGCUCUGGUGCUUGUCUUGCUCUGGGCCUAUUACAGGUUCUCCUCCGGCUAAAAAGGAGGAAUAUGUCAAUCGUAUUUCACGGACAAAGAGUUGAGCCUGUCGUGCCAGCAGGCAUGGCUCUGUUGAGCCCUGCGAUGGAACUUACAAACGGAUUUCCCUCCUGGGAGCGCAAUAAGCAUUGUGACAUCUUUCCAACAACUGCACAUGAUUUACCUUAUCUCGAGGAGGACUUUCCCACUUGUUCCAUAUGGCCUGCCCGUCAACCUCGUGCCAAUCUGUACUGCGACGCCGGGAUGCUUGCGCACUCAUUGGCAAGCCCUACGGCAUCAGACAGCUGGGCUGGAUCCUGUCCACUAUGGUUUGGAUUGGGCCAGGAGCAGAUUGCUGAUCCAGCAAGGUUUGUUGCGCAGACUGCUCACAAGCAAGGGGUCUCCGUCACACUUCAUGAAUACGAGAGUAUGCCGCAUAAUUUCUUCUGGUAUCUUCACCAGUCACCACAAGCUCGAAAGCUGAUAAAGGACCACGCUGAAGCAAUUGUCUCAUUUGCCAAAGGAGGAAAGCCACCUUCCACUGCCUGUUUCUUCCGUGCGAAGGGACUCGGGGUCGAGUCAAUGGAUAUUGAAAACCUCGUUCCCUGGACAGUAGCUGAAGCGAAGGUGCUCAUGUGGAAGAAGACACUUGAUUAUAAAGUUCCAGCAUGUCAUCGCAGGGUUCAACCCUUACUAUAG